ACAGCGCUAAUGGCCUAUUCAUUCUGACGUUUAUUAACAUACCUCUAUGUUAAUAAAUGAAAUAGCCUACUGAUUCCAGCGGUAUAAAUACCCAAUCCCAUAGGCCCUUAGCACUAUACUACGAAAGGGCAUUUUAUCAAUGCACACGAACAUUACGAGAGCACCUGUGUUGUACAGAAUCAAGCUGUUGAUAUUUAUAUAUGAAAUACGUAUCGCUUCCUAUUAUGUUCCGUGGGUCACACACGAGGCCUAGCUCGCGGAAGGCAGAAGUACUUCUGGCUGUACAGGUGUGUUUAACGAUGAUGUCUACAGCACAGACGACGGAACCAUCAACAGACAGAAUUAAAAAUAUGACGAGAAAAGACAACACAACGUCCCCGACUGAAACAGUUGUGACAGAUGGCUUCGGCGAGGCAGACGAAAAUAACAUUUUCUGUGACUAUUACACAGCGUGGUCGUCUUGGACGCGCUGUAAUCGCCACUGUCAACAAACCAGGAAGCGGAAGUGUCGAUUUCCUACCUUUUGUGGACACUCGCGCAUCCGCGAAAAGCGCCCUUGUAAUAGAAAGAGUGGUCCAUGUAAGGAAGUGACGUACAAGGUCAUAGGAUCAACUAAAUCGAACAGAAAGAAAGAAGAUUUGCUGUAUGACCUCUUCUACAAGCCGUGGUCGUCAUGGGGAGCUUGUUCGAGGACGUGCAAGAAGAGGCGUCGUCGCCGAUGUAAGUUUACGGAUGUGUGCGGUAGUGGCUAUCUGGAGGAAGAGAGGUACUGCCGUAUCGUUAACGACACAUGUCACGGGUCUUACAUUAUCAGCACCAACAGGUUCAAGGUCCCGGACGAGGAAAAGGAAAGACAAAAGCAUGAAGUUGCUGCAUCGAAUAUCACGUUAGAAAGCCUCCAACUCUCGUGUGGUCUGAGACCUACUGGUACAUCCGGGCGGUUCAAAAUAGUCGGAGGGCAAUAUUCCUCCCCAAACAGUUGGCCCUGGCAGGUUGAACUACUGAACAAACGAAAGAAACACUUUUGUGGAGGGACACUGAUUGCGCCCUACUGGGUUCUCACUGCGGCUCACUGUAUACGUAAACGAGGGAAAACACGGAAGAUAAUUGUGCGCGUGGGCGAGCAUGACGUCACAAAAUUGGAAAAGACAGAAAAAGACUACACUGUUUCCAAAUAUUUCCCUCAUCCUUCAUUUAGUUAUAAAGCUGUAAUGAAUGACAUAGCAUUAUUAAAAUUGAAUACGCCUGUAAGAACUUCUAAUAUCAGCGGAUAUGCGUGCCUUCCGGUGAAAUCCAAAAGACUUUCAAGUAGGACUAUUUGCAAGACCAUUGGCUGGGGUCGAACACAAAGCAAGAGUUUGACAGGGAGUGACGUAUUGAAAGAAGCAGACGUGCCGAUAGUCAAGAAAAGAAAAUGUCAAAAAGCUUUUGAUUUUACUAUAACUCGAUCACAGCUUUGCGCCGGGUACAAACGAGGAGGAAUAGACUCUUGUAUCGGCGACAGUGGAGGGCCACUACUGUGUCCUUUUGUAUCUAACAGUAACGACACACGCUGGUAUGUUAACGGUGUCACCAGUUAUGGUGAAGGUUGUGGAGAAAAGGGAAAAUUCGGAAUUUAUACAAAUGUUUUAAAGUAUAUGCAUUGGAUUCAAAAAAUCAUUUUUAAGAAGUAAUUAAAGUCAACGGUCUAAGGAAAUCUCAGGAAACAAAAGACUUUUUUCAACCUCAUAUUUUCAAAGUAGAAUCCGGAUAAAGACAAAUAACGCAUUUUCAAUAUUAGAUACUGAAUACCAUUUAUGAGCCGAUGUAUAUUUACAUUUUCCCACUAUCUUGUGAAUUUCAAUUUAGAAAUGUGAAAACAAUAUUCAUAUGUUUCUUUGGUGUUGGCUAUUUUUGGCCUUGGUUAACUGUCAUCUUUUAUUGAACAAGCCAUCAGCCCCUCGAUAAUGAUGGUACAGUAACUGUAUAUUUCUUUUUGAGUAUUUUAAUUUUCACCGAUUGAAGUACAAUGUAUUUGAAGCACAAUGGUGAAAUACAUAAAUACCUCAAAAAUGUACAGAAUUUCUCGGUUUAUUUUAUUCUGUCGUCUCAGGAAAGCUAUCACAUCUAUAAGAUACGGGUAAAUAAAAUGACAUUUAUUUAGGAAUCUCGGAAAGGAAAUAUUUUCAAACUCGAUUUGUUUUUUAAAUCUGGCAGCUCGACGAGCUGAGUGUUAUGAAGUAAGAAUUGUGAACAAAAAUGAAUAAGUGCGACCAAUGAGCUAUGUACACAUUAAACGGAUGUAAACUUUUGGCAAAGUGUCUUCGAUUUAUACACUGAGCAGUGAAUGGGGAAAACGUUGACAAAAAACAAAGACAUACAAUCAUUUGAAUCGGUAGUCCCUUCCCUUAAAGAAUCGUACAAAUUAUCGACCAAAAGUACAAUUGGAAUUGAUAUGUACUUUAGUAAAAGUCGUAGCUUGACUGAAGUAUGAAUUAUGAAUUUUAUUUUAGCUAUUGACAAGAUUCACUGCACUGUCAUAUGAACAGCAAGCAUGCCUCAUUUUCUAUUAUCAAUGUUUUGUUUUACAGUAAAAAGUACAGAUAUUUUAUAAAAGGGUCAAAUUCGGAUAUAAACAGUUAUCGGUGUCGGCAGGAGUUGCUCCCCUUAUAUUAAUCCACAACCAAAUUCUAUAUACCAAAUACGUUAUUUGUUUGGUAGCAUGGCAAAAAAUGAGAUUUGCAAUUGCUUACACACUUCGAGAAGUUCAAGAUUACGAAAUCUUCCUUUAAAUAUUGUGAAUAGUUUGUGUACUCCAGAAGUUAUCCCCAGGACCACCCUCGAUACUCCAGGAGUUACGCUAGAGCACUAGUGAGCCCUGGAGUAUCGAGGAUGCCACAAGACAAACUUCAUGCACAUCUGUAUACAUGUGUUUACCAAUCGCUACAUAUUACCAGUUUUUAGCCAUUUGUACAAGGCGACGCCAUGACACAAACAUGGACACGCUAAUAUUAGUGACAUAAACAAUGAUGUACUUCUCUUGUAAUUUAACAUAUUUUAGUCUACGCUCAUUUGUGUUUCACAUGUGGUCAAAACGAAAUUGAAUUUUUCAAAAUGUCCGUGUCAAAAUGAUUUUUGUUAACAUCUUCGAAAUGCUCUCGCGAUGCACAGUAGCAUUUAACAGAACCGAUACCGACAGUGAAACAUUUACAUUUCGAAUAUGUCAGGUAUUUUGUUUGUUUUUAUUAAGUCUAUUAAGUUUUUUAUCAACCUAAAACCUUUACGUUCAGGAUGACACGUAACCAUACACAGGGGCUAGCGGCGAUAAACAUUGAAUAAAUAAAUAAAAUACAAUUACGAAGUAAUUUGAUGAAGAGUUCAGAUAUAUAUAUAUAUGCAUAUAUACGGAAGAGACAUAUACUGACAUAUUGAUGAAACUGUAUGAUAAAAAUAAUUGGUGAACAGGUGUGACAGAAACGAGGAUUUGAAAAAAAAAUGUUAUAAAUAUCUACGUCAACCCCUUGUGUACCACGUACAGUUUAUUAUUGUAAAUGCGAACCUCACAAUGAAUUAGUAUACGGGUGUAGUUUGUGACAAAUUUUAGUGAAAUAGACUGUUAUUCGUCUUUAAAGAAAAUGUAGGUUUUAAUCGCGGAAUUAGAUUAUCUAUCCAAGUCCGUGGUUUGAUAAGAAAACGGGUUCUUUCCUGUCCGGAGUCCUGUGUCACUAACUAGCCCGUUAAUGUAAUCGUAUGUAUACAUGUCUGUGCGUACAUUAGUGUACAGUAAUCGUAUGUAUACAUGUAUGGGCUACAUUAGCGUACAGUAAUCGUAUGUAUACAUGUCUGUGCGUACAUUAGUGUACAGUAAUCGUAUGUAUACAUGUCUGUGCGUACAUUAGUGUAUAGUAAUCGUAUGUAUACAUGUCUGGGCGUACAUUAGUGUACAGUAAUCGUAUGUAUACAUGUCUGUGCGUACAUUAGUGUACAGUAAUCGUAUGUAUACAUGUCUGUGCGUACAUUAGUGUACAGUAAUCGUAUGUAUACAUGU